AUGUCGGAAUUCGAAGACGAUAUCGAUGACCAGCUUCUCGAGCUCGCUGGAGCAACCGAGAAGAAGCGAAAAAGACACAGCGGCGCCCAUUCAAAGUCCUCAUCAAAAAAGCGCAAGGCGGACCCUAUGGACUCUGAGUCGGAAAAGGAACCGGAGAGUGAGGACGAUGCAGCGGGGAGCUUAGAUCCUUACCCUUUGGAGGGGCAAUACAAGGACGAGGCCGAUAGACAAAGACUCCUCGAGAUGCCAGAGACAGCGCGCGAGGAGAUCCUGGCUGAACGCAGCGAAAAGAAGCAGCGGCUCAAUGAACAGCAGAAGUUGGCUGACCUGCUGAAUCAACGGAGCGCCGUUGGCGCUGACAGCGUCGCAAAAGCAGCGAAACGUCAACAUACCGUUCGUGGUGCUACGAAAGAGAAGACACGCAAACUUGACGAGCUCAAGGCCCGACGCAAGGCUAAAGAUGAGAAGAAGCGGAAUACAUCCCCAAAGCGGGAUCGCUCUUCAUCUCCCAUGGAUAUGGAGAUCUCAGACGAAGAGUCUGAAGAUGGCCAGAUCACAAAGCAAGAUCAAGAAGAGGAAAAAGAACGAAGGUUGCUGGGCAAGACCGCUGAGCCUGACAACACCCCAUCGACCUUGCAACAUUUCGAGAGUUGUAGACUGUCAAGAGAUACAUUGGCAAAGUACUGUAUGGCGCCAUGGUUCCAGGAAUACGUCCGUGGAGCCUGGGUCCGAUAUCUCAUCGGACAAGAGGCUGGUCAGCCAGUGUAUCGCAUGUGCGAGAUAGCUGACCUCUCUGCGGAGGCUGUCAAGCCUUACAAGGUUAAUGACAAGCUGGUUAAUCAGGUCUUUGACCUCAAACACGGCAAGUCAAUACGAUCGUUCAACAUGGACAAGGUUUCAAAUGGUCCCUUCAUUGAGGCGAGCUUUUUUUUGUUCAUGGCCCGUGGUAUCUGUGACCUUCUUCUGCAGAAAGAGUUCGAUCGACUAGUGAAAGUUUAUGCGGCUGAGGAUGUGAAGCUGCCGACAAAAUUGCAUUUAGAGCAGAAAGUUGCUCAGUUGCAAAAGCUCAUUUCGCAACCUGUUACAGAGAGUGAUAUCAGUGCAAUGCUCCAACGCAGGAACCAGGUGCAAAAUAAUAAGCCCACGGGAAUGUCUACACUUGAGCGAUCCCGCCUGACGCAGGCCAGGACACUGGCGAUGCGACGACACGACUAUGACGAAGUCAAAGACAUUGACAUCCAACUUGCAGCUGCUGAGAUUGUUACCGCUCCAGCACGAGUGGAGGCUGUGGACGUCUUAGCCAAGGUCAAUGAGAGGAAUCGCAAAGCCAACCAGGAAGCCGUGCGAAGAGCUGAGAUGGCGGAAUCUGAGCGAAAACGACGGGAACGGAAGCUCGUCGCUGCUGGAGGUGCAGCAACGCCACAGGACCCGAGCGCUCGGUUAAAGACAGUGCCGAGGCUGUUUAACGCUGCUACUCCGACAUCAAGGCCGGGAACUCCUCUGGCGAAUGGUGCGGUUACGCCACAACCUCCGGCAGAAUUUGUGGUCAAGACGACAGUGGCCACCAAAAGCUUUGAGGCGUCUAUCCUGGACUCGAUUGAGAUUGACUUGGGGGACUUUUAA